AAUUGGGGCUGGGAUCAGUGUGUGCAUUCACAUCAAAGGCCAACAUGAAGACAGGCACAGCCUUUGUCCUAGUGGCUUUUGUCAUCUUGGGGAUGGAGAUGGCCUUCACUCAGGCACAGAGAGACAAACCUGGACUCUGCCCCAAGGUGCCCGAAGGAACCGUUGGGCCUUGUGUUCAGAGAUGUGGAGGAGAUGACACAUGUCCCUCUGACCUGAAAUGCUGCAGCAAUGGAUGUGGCUAUGAAUGCACACCUCCUAUCUUUGUGGAUGGUGUUGAUGACCCUGUGGAGGAAGAAUGGGGGAUGUAAGCAUGCCUGGAGACCAGCCGCAGAAGAUUGCUCAUGAAUGCAUGGAUCCAGUGCUUGGCAUAACAUUUCUACACACCAUUCCUGGCAAGUGUCUAUCCCUUGACAUGCAGUCUCAGAAGAUGAAGAUCUAAAAUGGUGGAGCGGCCGAUUCUAAAGAGCUUGUAUCCAAAAUAAAUUUUAUCUGUGGCAUUAUUGA